CCGGAAAGGACGAAAUAACGGUUACGGCUACUAACGGUAACAAAUCAUGUCCAGCGAGUUGCAAGGUUGUUUGAACCGGCUAAAAACAUGCCCCGACGGUCCACGGGCACGCACCGUGAUCGAGCGGAUCUCCAAACUACUGCUGGAAGUCCCCGUCGAAGGCCGUGCCGAGAUCGAGUACAACUUGGAACUGCUGUUCAACGAUGCCGCAGGUCUCGUUGCCUUUCUCGAGCGUUCUUUUGCCGCUUCGAAAAAGUUUGCGAAGGCCAACGAAGACUGCUUCGAGCUGUUUCGCAAAACGAUUGAAAAACAUUCGCGGCUCGCUAGCAAAUGGAUCGAGCGGAUCGUAUCCGUUGCGCUUCGAUACAUCGUUUCCACUUCCGUGACGGCGCGGGAACGCGAGCUGGCCACGCUCGUCCUGCAGGAUAGCAUUUCUUACGGAUGCCUCGAUGCCGAUAGCUACCCAAAGCUGAACACACUCGUUGCCGAUCUGUUGCCGGUGUUUCAGCAACGCAAACCACCGCACCGGUUCCAGCAGAAUUUGUUCGAAUUGCUCGGUCAGUUGUCCAAGGCCUUCCCCCAGUAUGUAAGUGAACCGGCCCGGCUGCUCGAAGUGUUUGUCGGUUCCGCCGAAAGUCAGCUGCUGGACGAGCACAACCUUUCGCUAGUAUCGUUGGCCGGAGCCAUUCGUGGUUUGGAUUUGUUUCUUCACAAUUUCGCUCCCGAUGCGGAACAGCGAGAAACACGACGUCGAAUCUAUCUGUUGGUGAAGAAACUGUCCCCUUGGGAGGAGCUACGGUCUGAGCGGAUUGUGUUUCGGAAUGCGCUCCAACUGUUGGCGAACCAUGCGGCACUCUUCGCUGACUUCCUGUACACCGAACACGGUCACUGGCAGGCGGCCCUUGCUGACAGAUGGAUCCGUUCCAGCAACCGGGACGAUCGGCGCAUUGGACUGGCCGCACUUUACGCAUUCCACGGUGAGAUGGCAGGUGUCUUAUUGCGACGAAAUGAUGAGUCACCAGACGCCACAGAACGACAAUCGGCAGUGGAAGUGCUGAAUCGAUAUCUGGCAUACUAUCGGAAGCUUCUCAAUACUGCCGGUGCCGAACGGUUGGAUGUACGGAUCGCUAUUCGAGGAUUUGGAAUCAUGGCUGGACCAUGCCAUCGGUUGACCGAUGCCGGCGCAUCCCUCAAUGAGCUGCUCACGAUCGUGCUGGAGCGUAUUGAGUGCAUUGGUGCCGGAUCUUCAACUGCAGCUGGCGAUCGGUUGGAAGAUCUGCCCGAUUUCGUACAAUCCCUGUCGGAAAUCUUAACACAUGUUGAGGAACUGUCCUCGGUACAGCUCGUAUCGUUGCAAACGAUGAUCGUGGCGCUGAUCCGCGACUUUUACCACCUGGGAACGGUGUAUCACCAGCUGAUCGUACGAUCACUAGCUUGUACGCUAGCAAACAUUCACAAACUAGGUGGCGGUGCGUUGGAUCUGCUGCUCGACAAUGUGCUGCUCCAGGGAAUCAUUUGGAGCUGUUCGCAUAAACUGCCAUACGAUCCACCGAAUGGCCGAUCGGAUACGGCACAGGAAUUUGAUUGGAAACGCGAGACGGUGACCUACAAGAACUAUCUACCGCUCUGGAAGGGAUUGUUGGGUAAAAAUGGCGCCCCAAAUGAACAGCUCGUCCGAUCGAUCUUUCGCUCCUUCAUGCGCACCCUCUUCGUCGUCAUCGAGAAACUGGAUCUGUCCACCAAAAAGCGCGUGUUGGGUACUGAGAGUGAACUUCAAAAAGAAAUGUAUUUCUGUGAUCCAAACCUUAAUCUCGAACCAGUCAAACCGAAAGACUUUCACAUCUUCCUCAAUCUGAUCGAGCUGUAUCGGGAUGUGCUGCAAGGAUCACAGCAUUUGGAUGAAUCUUUCCUCGAAUGGGUCCGUCGUUACUUCGAAAUGUGCGUAAAACAAUCGGUGGACCACCCACUCGUGAGCGGAUUCGUGAAGUUGAUCGAACUUGGUGUCGCUAUAGCGGAACGUAGCGGUUACUUUCGUCGCGUGAACGAUUUCGAUGCUAAAGCCACCGCUCUGUUGUUGGUGGCGUACGUGGAGCGGACAAUAGUGAGGGCUCUGCAUGCCAGUGGCGAGCUGCAGCUCGCUUGCUUACGCUUCGUGCUAAACGUUCCGGCCCGUAUGUUGGUUGAAUUCGUCGACGAUGAACAACAUCAGCAAACGCUCAUGGUAGCUGUGUUCGAGGUGGCUUUCCGGCUGGGCAGGACGCUGCUGUCGAUCGCACGAGCCGCACUAGGAUGCUUGCAACGAUUGGUACUCUUCCGUGAUCCGCCGAUCCACGCGGCCCAACGAGAGCAACUGCUCCGCCAGGUGCUGCCACUACUCGAACCGUAUCUACUGGCCCGUGAAUCAACGCUACCUCCUCUGGCUAGCCGACGUUUGGUGCGAUUUCAUCGUGAUCGUACGGCAAACAUUUCCUCCGAAAAGAUCGAGCGCAUCAAGCAGCAGCACCGUACGGAGCAGAUCGCCGAUCUGUCGGAGUUGGUAACGUUUCAGCUGAGGAUCGUUAAUUUUCUGGCCGACUUGCAACCGAACGAGUGUUGCUGGCUGGUGGCAGAGAGGGAACGCGAGGAAGAGCCCAGUGGGCCGAUAGGAAGAUUCGAGGUGGAACUCAGCACGCAGGGCACGGCUAGCGGUUCUCUGGUUCGCUGGAAUGCCCAAAGUGAACGAUCCAUCGAACUACGGUUACUGUGCGCGAGUGGAAUCCGUCCGUGCAUCAAACUGGAUAGCAUCAUUGGCAGAGUGGCGCAGCUGGCACUAGGAUCGAGUGAUCGUGCGACGAAGCUGGCAGCGUGUGAGAUACUUCAUACGCUCAUUCUCUAUCUGCUGGGUAUUCACUAUCAGGAUGAGCUUACUGGAUUGUGGGGCGAGCUAUGUGAUUAUUUGUUGCAGUUAAGCUGCGAUACGGAUGUGGCGGUCUGCCAAAUGUUUGAACCGCUGCUAUUCCAGAUCGUCCACUAUCUCACUCAACCGUCCAAGAUGAAUCAAAAGGGUACCUCGGCCCUACUGGAAUGCCUGCUGAAUGCUACCGCUCACCGGCAACAGAGCGCGGUGCGAGAUCUUGCCGUACGUGCACUGCGCGAGUUCCUGCAGUGGGCUAACAGACAAAGUGGCGGUACAGCAUCGUUUGAAGAUCGCCGACGGAUUAAGUGUACGCUACUGGAAGGGCUGAGAACGUACGCCAUGGAGUCAAACGCUGCCCGGCGGUACGGUGCAGCGUUAGCGUUCAACAAUCUGUUCCGAUUGCUGCUCCAGGAGGACUAUCAUCUGGUGCGGUACCUGGUUGAUCUACUGGCAGCAUUUGCGGCCGGUUUCGUGCUAACGGAGGAUCUAGCCGGGCUCGCCGGCGUAGGGCAGCUGAGUGUCUCGGGAGAUGGUGAUGCAUUGGAGCAGUUCUCUUUGGCACUGGCCCAUUUGGGAAAAGUGCUGAGCACGAGGCGUACUCUGUACGAUGUUGCUCCUUCCUGCGAGUCAAUACAUCCGGAGUACCGGCAGAUCAUUCCACCGGCGAUCGGUGGCGGUCGGUUAAAGGACGUUGUACGGUGGCUGUUCCGUCAGUGCGCCCACCGACAGCAUCGCUACCGCCGUGAGUGUAUGAAACUGUUUGUGCGUCUUGCAUCCAUCGUUCAAGGUGUCGCCUGUGCAGCAGAUUUCUUGCGGCAACACAUACCGACCAGCGAACUGGAAUCAAUCUGCCUGCACGAUGAUGUCAGUAAAGGUAUCGCCCACGCACCAACGUUGGAUAGUCUACGGAACGAAGGAGCUGUACCACUCGUGGCCAACGUUUAUCUAUGGAUGGAAUACUUACAUGCCACCAUCGAUAUGUCUUCAUGGUUGCUGAAAGAGAAGCUUCUUGCACCCGAGGCGGCGGAUAGAUUAGUACUGGCAAGGCUUCAGCCAGUCAUACGUUACUGUUUGCAGUCAGUGGUAAUGCUCUCAUUACACGGACUAAUAUUGCUAAUCGAUCCUCAAGGCAAUGUGGAGACGCUGUCGAAUAGUUUUGAACUGCGCAUGAACGCCGAUAAGAUCGUACGCUUCGAUGCACUGCGGGCCGGCCUAGUAGCGCAGAUCGUACAAUUGCUCGUUGUGCUGCUGAACGUGCAGGAUCUGAAUGUCGAAUUUUCCGCUAUCGAGCUGUGGGAGGAUGAAUCGACCAACGAGUUUCUGCUGACGCUUGUCUUUGAAUCGCAGCAGUUUGGUUUGGACUGCAGUGUUCCGGUCAGUCCGGAGCAAUCGGUCGGCCUGACGGAUUGCCUCUGGAACCACCUUAACACACUGAUAGAAGGUCUUUCCCAACAUGAUUCACAACAGAUCAGACUUCACUUUACGUCGGCCCUUACGCAACGAAUGAUCAGGGUGUUUGAAGAGGUGGGAAAACGUAUCGCGACGCUUCUCGUACAGCAAACGGUCAAUGAGCUCGACCAGAAAAGUGCCAAAGGAUUGCUUUUCCUCGCCAAGCAUCACCAGAAUCGGAUUUUGGAAGAUCCCCUUGAUCGUGAUAAAUUUCAAACCAUCGCUAGAAAGUUGUUAAACGAUUGCUUCGAAGUUGUUGGGCGUGAUGGAAUGCAGCUAAUAUUGACCCCAUCGGCAGCACGAUUCGGAACCAUCCUACUGCAGGCCGUGUAUGGACUGUCCAUCGGCGGUGAUUCAGAGCUACUGCAACAAACGAUCGUAUACUGUCUCAGCGAUACCUUGCUGCGUCCAGCGAUUCUUCACGGACAACACUUUGCAUCAUGCUUUGGAGCAGCCAUCUUUGAGAUGAUGUUGGCGAACCCGGUCACAAGCCUCCCACGGGUGUUGAGUUCAUUGGGCAAGGAUAGUUUCUCUUCCAUCGUGCAGCUGCUUUGCGAGUUGAUGGAGUACACAUACCGGAAGCACUCGACGGAUAAGGAUCUGUUACGUCUGCUGACUGAAACGCUUCUCGUGCAAGGAUGGAACCCGCUCCUGGAGUAUUCCCGGUCCCAGCAGAACCGGUUUGGUGCCGCCGACCAACAAUUGAUCGCACUGCUCGCCAACGUGGCAAUGAUCUGUCCGUUUGCACUGUGGGAAAUACGGACGAAAGCAGGCUCCAGCUACGUACAGUGGCUCAUCAGUCUGAUAGCGGAUCAGUCCAGGCAGAUUGCAUUGAAGACGAAAGCGAUCGUGCUACUGCCGACCAUACUCGGUCCGGAGGAGUACGACGAGGAGCAACACAAACCGAUAAAGGUUGCCCUCGAGAAGCUACAGGACACCAACUUUCCUCUACGUUCGACGGAAUUCCCUCCCGAUAGUCCGCAGCGACUUGGAUUCGUGAACUGUUUGGAGCGUCUGCUAGAUGCGCUCGUCGUAUCGCGAUCACCGCUCCUACUGAAGUCGAUCGUGCAGAUGACGGCCCCGGACGGUAGGGGGCACAUUGCCGAACGUCAGAUUCGCAGCGCGAUCGAAAGAUUCUUCAAGGACCAGUGCUAUGAGGUGCAGUAUGCCCGACUGCAGGAUCUGUGGGCGCUGUAUGUAGAUAAUUCUUAUGCACCGGCUGUUCGGGUUACCAUAUUGCAUCGCUAUCUACGUACCGGCUUGUGGUGCUGUAGCUACGAUACGAUUGUCGAAUUCUAUCGCCGAAACAUUCGUGCGAUUGCAAUGCUGGUGGAGGUAGAGCUGGUUGGUCGUAGCGGCUGGGAGCUGGAGCAUGCCCUCGUCGACCGAACCGGUGGCUUUUACCUGAUUGAACAGUAUGCAGCCCUGUUACCACGUUACAUGCUCCUGGCCGAGGAUUGUGCUGUUUCACGGGAGCUGUACAUGCCGCUCGAUGGAAGCGUGCCAAAGGUUCGCGGUAACCGAUUGAUAGGGGACUUUAGCAAACGGGCUCAUACCGCUCGCCGAUUGCCCUUUCGGGCUGGGGAUGACCGAACGGUGGCAGAACGCUUUCGACUGUACCAGUGUGCCGCCUAUCGUGCACUGGUGGCACUGAUUUCCAACACCAACGAUGACCCCCGGAUGUACUCCAUCUUGCUGUUCCGCGAGAACCGAGAGAAGCGGGAAUACCUUUGGCGCAAUCUGGUGGACUGCCGUGAUGAAACACUAUACCUAGAGGCGAGCCAGGAGCUGGAGGAAGUGCCCGGUAUCAUCCAGAAACGCAUUGCGAUUCGCCGGGAAAUGGAUUCACGAUCCGUUCGGCUUGAUCCCGGGACCGAUCUAUCGGUGGUGACAGAAUCAUCCCUCAGCCAGGAAGUGUCACGCUACGAUCUGAACCACUCGGUCGUGCUAUCGGCCCGUGAGCUAGCACAGCGCGAUGCAGCCGAACUGGUACUCCGACAGAAGGGUUCCCAGUCGGCUGUUCCACUUGAGCGAACCCGGAUUAACGAGCACGAAGUGAUGGCCACGGUAUGUGGAUGUCUGCAGCAUAUGACGCGAGCAAAAAUCAGCAUCGAACUACUCGUAAACUUUAUCGCCGAUUCCCUGAACGAUCCCGAUCAACCACCAAACGUGCGGCUCUUGAUAGCCAAGCUGAUCGACAAUUGUCGCACCGAGUUGAAGCCACAUGCAUCGCUUCUAAUCGCUCCGAUCAUGCAGCUGAUAGUGGAUGAGCGGGUGUUCCACCGGGGAUUGAAUUCACUCGUGACGGAUCUGAUCGCUCUCGUGCUCGAGUGGAGCGGUGCUGAGGGAGCACGAGUGGAAGGUGCUUCGUCGUCGGUUUCUUCUUCGGCGGAAAUGACUCAUCUGGCCAGCACCUUGCUGCGCUUCAUCAUGAAGAACUGCUGUCAACACCGUGCCCAGCGUGAAGUGUUUCGAUUGAAUUUGGAAUUAACCCGAGCUGUAAUCCGCCAGUGGCACGAUGUGCUUAUCAUCCCAACGGAGCUGCUGUAUGGUAUGAUAACGAAGAAUUUGGCGCAGGCCUCGUCGCAGCAGGAUGAUCGAGUGUCGUUCGAAUUAAUUACUGGACUACAGCUUGGUACGAUCGUACUUCUGAAUGGAGCAGGCAGGCUAACACCAUGGACCGAAAGCAGCCAGUUGAUAUAUGUACGAUCGGUGAUGCAGUCACUGAGUGCCGCCAACAGUACCAUCUAUCGUCCAGCGGCGCAACUGCUGGGAUUAUCGAUGGCUCGGCUUUUUCCCGACGGUGUUCCGGAGGACGAUGUUGAAGAGCCGUCUGACUUGAUCAGCUUCUACCGUGGCGAAUGUAUUGAACUACUCUCCACCAUACAACGCUCUCAGGGGCGUAAGUUUUUAGAAAUUCUUUCAGAAGCCAGUAAGGCUUUUCCAUCUAUCGUCGAUCCUUUUCAGUCGAUCGUAAGCUUCCGCCUCCCGAUGGCGUCUGUACCCGAGAAGCGCAUUUGUCUGGAGCUGCUGCUAGGUGGACGCUUGGAGCAGUUUGGUUCCGAUCUGUACCGUGAGCUGGCCUCGAUGGGUCUUCCAUCGUUGCUGCGUGAAGCUGAGCUGCAACUUCCAAUGCUACAUCUGCUGAACCGUGC